AUGCUAACUCUUGGAGAUGAAUCAAUAUCAUUUGAAGCCAGCAGUUCUCUAUCCGAUAAUUUUUAUGAUAACACCAAUUGCAAGGUUUGCACGGUUCGCGGGAAUGGUUCGAUGGGUGUUACAUUCAAAGGAUUGAAGGGUGAUUCAUGUAAUCUAAGAAUCAAAGAUGUUGGAAAGAUAAAAAUCGCAAAAAUCUCUCCAAGUGGGCGGGUGGCCAGCGUGCAACGAAAUGAAAAUGCGGUGGAUUUCAUUGUUUUGGAGAGUGGCGAUCGUGAGAACUGUAUUGAAUUCACCCAAGUUGUCUCAUCGAGAAGUGGUUUGAUUAGACAAGUUGAAUGGAUCACAUCAAAUCAAAUUGUGUUUAUUACAAAUAAUGGUCUUGAGUUAUAUGAUGUGAAUGAAGAGAAACGGAAUUCGAAACUCGUUAAAACUUUGAAUGUGGCUUCAGAUUGGUCGACUUGUUAUCAUCCAUCUCGAUUACUUUUGUUAGCCACGGGUGUCAAUGCGGCCACUAUGCAACCAUUCAUCAUCCAUCAUGGACAAUUCACUCGUUUGAAACCGUUUGCGGUCGAUUUUGGCUGUUCAAACUCAAAGAAGAAAUUGCUCGAACGGGAUGUGACAGUUUCAUCUAUAUAUGGCUCAAUCUAUGUUCUCGCCUUACGAUAUUCAACAAGAGACUCAUCCACUUCUGAUUUAUUGAUGUACAAACUUUCGGCUGAUGUAAACCAACCAGCUAAAUUGACAUACACUUUGGUGCUAGGUCUAACAGGAAUGUUCGGUAUUCAUGUAAUCGAUAAUUUGGUCAUUGUUCAUCAUCAGCUUUCUCGUUCAUCUCUCAUUUUCGACAUCGGACUUGAUUUGAACAAUUCUGCACAUCAACCAUUCUUAACAACCAGUCUCGUUGCGAGUUCUCGUUUGUGUUCAAUUGCCGGUCAAUCUCCAUCUCUUUAUACUCCAUCAUGGGUAAUGUUCACUCCAAAUGUGGUCAUCGAUCCUUUUAUGGGAAUCUUUGCUUCACUCAAAGUCAACCCCGAGAAAGCAAUCAUUGAGGAUACGGUAUUGCGAUUGCGCUUUUUGAUGAAUCGAACAAAUCAAAAGAUUACUGUACUCAACGAACUAUCGACAGCGAUUAGAGAUCGAUUAAAAUUACGAUUAAUUCAACAAGUUCUUGAGAUAAUGGUUGAAAAGAAUGCUGUAUCGAAAAUACCGAUUCUUCGACCAUCGGAUCCAACUCGAAGCCAGCUUUUAUGUGAAGAUCUCCAAUUGUUAUCAAUUGAACAAGACGAUAUGGUGCAUCUAUUUGUUAAUAUAAAAGAACAUCCAAACAUUUCCUAUUCCCAUUUGGCUUCGGUGAUGCUUGCGUAUAUUUCAAUUUUAAAAGUCAGAGAGAUUACGGUACAGCCGUAUCUUUAUGAAGUUCUCGUGAACACACUCGUUUUGGCUGGUGAUUUCUUGAAGUUGCAUCAACUCAUUAACUAUAAAGUGGUGAGCGAUAGUAAACCGAUGGCUUAUUUGUUGGUUUCAUUGGAAGCAAAAUAUUCACCGCUCUUUCAAUCGGGAGUUGAUAUGCUUGUGAGAGAAGGUGCAACAGACGAGAUCGUCGAGGUUCUUCUUGCAAAGGGAAAUGUCACCGAUGCAUUGAGAUAUCUGGAGAAUCACGGUUCUUUGGAUCGAGCAAAUGCUUUGAAAGCAUUAGAUGCAAUUUGGCAAUAUGGUGAUAGGGUACACAAAUAUGGAAUAUUUGCACAUUGUGCUGAGAAAAAGGGAAAACAAGUUUGGAAUGAACAAUACGAGAAAUUCUCGGCCGACUUCAAACGCCUCUACUCCGAAGAAGAAAUCAUUGAUGCUGAAAAAGAAGUGGCUUUUUCGAAAAUGCGGAAGUUUAUUAGUCCAGGAGCCGCCUCGUCCAGGAGCCGCCUCGUCCAGGAGCCGCCUCGUCCAGGAGCCGCCUCGUCCAGGAGCCGCCUCGUCCAGGAGCCGCCUCGUCCAGGAGCCGCCUCGUCCUGUCCACUCAUCUUGGACACAAACACGAGAUAUGAGAUAGUCAAGAAUGAUUCCUCUCUUAUCCUUUUUCCCGUCAUUGCCCAAUUCCGUCAGCUGCAAGAUCCACGACUUACUCGAGAGCCUCGAGUGGCCAACGUUGAA